AUGUAGCAUGGUUGUGCACCAAAGGGCCCUGUGCCCAUUGAUGGUGAUAGGCAGUGACAGGCCCUCCGUGGUUAGGCAACUUUCCGUCCAGCUUAGCAAUGUGGCGAAGCGAGAAUGGACAAAUACCACUCCCGAAGUUGGAUGUGGAAAUUGCUAAUUUGGAAUACCGGUUGCGCGCGGAAGUUCGAGAUGAGAUCUCGCAGUGCAUUCAGCCUUUGUUGGCACGGCUUAGCUGGGUCGAAGCGCAGAUUGGGGCUAUGUCCCACGAACCUCGUGAUGACGACAGCCUGUUGGAAGAGUCACAGAAGGAAUAUGCAAGAGUGUCUCGGAUCCCAUCAAGAUCUUCAAAGGAUAUGGUGAGCGAUUACCAACAACAACAAUUCGAAACUACGACUUUCCAAGAGGUAAAAUUUGAGGCUUCGACAUGGAAUCUUUUGCUGGUUCUUGGGCUUACAGAUGCUGGCAUGCUGAGCGACGUGCUUGCGUUCAUGGUCCUUUUGGUGAAUAUCCUUAUGCAAGCUUUGUUCUGUCAAACCAUUCUCUCACCCCAGUUUGCUGGGACGUCGUUCUCAAUACAAGCCGAUGCUGCACGAAAGUGGCGCCAGUUGGUGGGACACGACGCCAGCUACAUGAACCCUGCGGCACACAGCCUGGUAUCCAGGGUUUGCAACAAUGACCGGACCUUGAUCAUGGCAGAUGCACAAGCAUCAUUGAUCGAAAACAUCAAUGCCUAUUUAGGCAUUGAAAAUUUGCAGAUGCACGGGAGCUGUUUCUCACCGGGGGUGUUGCUUUGUACACUUUGCAUCAUGCAAUGGUGUUUGUACUUGUUUGAAGAAUUUCGGAUGAUUGUGUCCACCAGCUUUGCGAUCUGGCAAGUGCCACGUGCUGCGAGCAGCCUUCGCUCAAACCAGAUCACGGGCAUCUCCUUUACACGCCUGGUGGCACAUGGUUUGUUGACUCUCCUACGGACUUGCAUCGCAGUGGUGCUGUUGAACGCCGGCAUUCUUUGGCUGGCCAUUGAAGAUUUGAUGGUGAAUGGCGUGGCCUUGGUCACGAUCAUCAACGUGGAUGAGAAGUUAUUUGCCGCCUUGAUGCCCCGGAGGAUUCAACGGAAAGUGGAGGAACUUUAUGCGGUGACCCCUCGAAGCAGCAAACGUGGCAGCCAAGCCGAAUCCCUUGUGCUCCUAGGGUCCAUCACCUGCAUCUUGAUUUGGUCCUUCGCAACUUUACUGGCACCUCUCAAGGAGGCGAUGCAGUUGGUGAAGAAAGAGUACUGCGCUGGAGAUAUUGACUUUGUUAUGAAGGUCAAUCCAAGUGUGGGGGUCCCUGUUGCACUGGAUACGGCGCCAUACCUAAAGGAUGAGAACCGUUCCUUCAGCGAAGUGGCAACACGUGACUUCCUGGGAAGCAGAGCUGAGAAACGAGAUCCGCUGUUUGCCAUCUCAACCAUCAAGAACUCAGAUUUUGUGUCCUGGAGCGGGCGUAGCUGGACGCAGUGGUCCUCUGGUUUCUUAGAUCACUGCGGAGAAUGGAAUAAGCAAGAGUUCAUGAAUUCUGCCGCUUGGGCAGUUGGUCGUGGUGUGGGGCAUUCCUGCGAGGAGCUUGUCAUGCACUGCCUCGACGCUGACGCUGCGUUGCUACGAUUGAUUUGUCCAACAGCUUGCAGGUGUAGAGAUCCAUUGCUAUCUUGGUACAGGCUUCCUCAAGCAGGUUGCUCCCAGUCUUGCAUAGACAUUGGCCACAAGGAAUCAGCCGACAUACCUUGCAAAGACAUAUCACCUACCAGACAGGAGUGGAUUGACACUUGGCGGACUUGGCCUUCAGUUGGGCUCUAUGCAUUUGGGAUGGACCCUUCCUCAAAGGAGGGUGGAGUCCGCCUGGCUCAAGUGCAAGCUCAAGCGCGCAAGAUGUUGACUGGGGGAUGCAGCGCGUUACGACAUGAGAAAGCAGAUCCAUAUGUGAAUGCCACUUUCUGUGAAGGCUUUGAGGGCCUCUUUGCAUCCUUACGGCCUUUGUGCCCUGAAACCUGCGGCUGCCUCGAUGCGAAGUUUGAACUGAAGUUAGACCGGAAAGGCCGCAUGUCCGACGGCCCUGUCCUUCGUGCUUGUCAGGAGCAGGUCAUACCCAGGUGCUUUUCCACCACGGAGGAUUUUUUCAGAGAAAGGAAGAUACAGACAAAGUUGGAACCUUGGAGGAUUCCUUCGGGCAAGACCCCUGAAGAGGC